AUGAAGCUGCUAAAGCAGACCAAGUUUCCGCCCGAGUUCAAUCAGAAAGUCGACAUCAAAAAGGUCAAUGUCGAGGUCAUGAAGAAGUGGAUAGCUAGCAAGCUUCAGGAAAUCCUCGGAGAUGACGACAUUGUCAUUGAGCUGUGCUACAACCUGCUGGAAGGAGAUCGCUUCCCCGACAUCAAGAAGCUCCAGAUCCAGCUAACUGGUUUCCUCGACAAGUCUGCCCCGUCAUUCUGCAAAGAGCUGUGGAACCUAUGCCUAAGCGCCCAGUCAAGCCCUCAGGGAGUGCCGAAAGAGCUACUCGAAGCCAAGAAGGCGGAGUUGAAGCAGGAAGCGGUGAGUGGUUGCUGCCACGCAUAA